UCACGCGCGCGGCAGAGAGUAUUUCAGAGUGGGUCUCAGCCCUCCGUCCCUCUUCUCUUCCUCUCUCCUGUGUCUGCUCACCGAGUCUCGUCUGACUGCUGCGCCUCUGCGACUUUCUUCUUACCGGUGGAUAAAACUUCUAGACUGUCAAAAUGGCCAGCAAAGGAACCGUGAAAGCCAGUGGAAACUUCAAUGCUAGCGCCGAUGCUGAGGUCCUGUACAAGGCCAUGAAAGGGCUCGGGACCGAUGAGGAUGCCAUCUUGCAGCUGCUGACGGCCCGCAGCAACGCCCAGAGGCAGGAGAUCAAGGCCAGCUACAAAACUCUGUUUGGAAAGGAUCUGGAAAGUGACCUGAAGGGCGAGCUGGGUGGCAAAUUUGAGACCCUGAUCGUGGCUCUCAUGACCCCACCCAUCACUUACGAUGUGACAGCCCUCCGCAACGCCAUCAAGGGGGCAGGAACCGAUGAGAAGGUCCUGGUGGAGAUCCUGGCCUCCAGAACACCUCAGCAGGUGAAGGACAUCGUCGCUGCUUAUAGACAGGAGUAUGAUGAUGACCUGGAGGAGGACGUAUCAGGUGACACUUCAGGUCACUUCAAGAGGCUCCUGGUUAUUCUCCUACAGGCAAACAGGCAGACGGGGAUCCAGGAGGGAAAUAUUGAGAGUGAUGCCCAGGCCCUCUUCAAGGCAGGAGAGGAGAAGUUUGGCACUGAUGAACAGUCGUUUGUCACCAUCCUGGGAAACCGCAGUGCAGAACAUCUUCGGAAAGUGUUCGACGCUUACAUGAAGAUGUCUGGAUACCAGAUGGAGGAGAGUAUUGCGAGAGAAACAUCCGGUAGUCUGAAGGAUCUGCUUCUGGCCGUGGUGAAGUGUGCCAGGAGCGUUCCAGCCUAUUUUGCGGAGACUCUGUACUACGCUAUGAAGGGUGCAGGAACGGAUGAUAACACCCUGAUCAGAGUGAUGGUGAGUCGCAGUGAGGUGGACAUGAUGGACAUUAGAGCUGAGUUCAGGAGGAUGUUUGCCAAAUCUCUGUUUUCCAUGAUCAAGGGAGAUACCGGCGGUGACUACCGAAAGGCCUUACUGUUGCUCUGUGGUGGAGAUGAUGCAUAACCGUGGCAACAAGCAAUACAACAGGAAGCACACCUGAAGUGCCUCUUCUCCGAGUUGGCCCGAUGGCUCAGUGAAACAACAAGCUAACACAAAGUCAAAAUCCAUCACAAUGAAACUGUGUUGUGUGUAAGAGAGAGGCGGCCCGUUGGGUCUUUUAAACUAUGAUUCCAGAUAAUGUCUUUGAAAGGUAGCUAACAUUUUGUUCAUGUCCACAUUAAUAUAGCUUUUGGUCCACUAACGUCUUCAUUUUGAUUCUUGUUAUAUAAUUCAUUUGUAAUGCUGAAGUAUCAGACCAAAGUUGUUUUGUUUGCACUUUGUAUGGCAGAAACAAUAUAUGCAAUAAUAAUAAACAUUUCAUCUGAUGAAGUACAAUGGUA